AUGUUUCUACUCAACCGCCUCCUCCCCGGCUCCUCCCAGCCGGCUCCCAGCCCCGAAAACAUCGACACCCACAUCUUCUAUAACCCCCCCGACGCCGACCCGGACUACCAACCCUCCUAUUUCGACGACGUCGACUCGGACCUCGAUGACAUCGAGCUGUUCCCGAGGCAUUCCCUCAUCCGCCCGCCGCCGCCCAUGCGCCUCGCCCUGACCCCGCGCCCGCACGUCUACGGGUACCCGCCGCGCUGCCCACGCGGCGGCGUCCUCGUCCUCGCCAACGCCGCGCCCGCCGACCUCGAGUUCCUCGGCCUGCCCGCCAUCCCGGCCGACGAGAUACCGCCGCUGUCGGGACCGGGCGGAGAGGACGACGAGGAGGCGUUUUGCGAGCGGAUGCGCUUGCUGGGGGCGCAGUGGUGGAAGGAAGGCGAGGCGGAGCUGCGGAGGGCGGAGCUGCUGAGGGCGCGGUCCGCGGACGAGCCCGCCCAGGCCGGGCUGCGGACGGUGGACCUUGUGGCGGUGGGGUUCGAGGGGGUCGUUGGGGCGGGAGGGGCGCUGGAGGAAGGCGGCGUUUGGGCCUAUCGCGAUCGGUGGGCCGAGAGGCAGCAGGAGCGGGAUAGGCGGCGGGAGGAGCGCUGGCGCGAGGACGAACAGCGUGGGCCAUCUGGUGUGGAUCGCGAGGCGCGGAUGACGAAGUGUCGCGAGCGGAGGAGGGAGCGGCGGGAGGAGUUGAGGCGAAUCGCGAGGGUGAGGGCGGCGCGCACGAUGGAGGAGAGGUGUAGGGUUAUUAGAGAGUGUGGAGGCGAGUACUUCGAGACCGUGGACGCAUGGCGGAAGGUUGUGAUGGAAGAGCACGUGAGGGAAGGGGUCAUUGCACCGGAUCGGGAUGUGUUGUUUCAGAAGACGGAUGAUGAUGGGUAUUUCCUUUGA